ACACGAUUCAUGCCCAAGACACCUCCACUUAUUCUUCCUAACAAUUCAAAUCAUUGGACUUCACGUCCCAAAGUGAACAAAAAGAAGCCUUCUACAGGUCUUAAUAUCUUUACUGCUCAAAACACAGUCAGUAAACACAUUUCAUUUGAUGAUACGGAUGAGAUACAGUAUAUUCCUUCUUAUAACUAUGCAAGCUCUGAAAUAUCAACAGAUACCAAUAAAGAUACUAUGGAACUCUCACAUACUCAAAAGUACUCACCUAUCUCUCAUCUUCAUCAAGCAAGUCAUGACAUGCAAGACAAGCAUGGAGCCAAACAGUCUUCUGAAAAGGAACAAGAUGAACCCAUGGAUGUAGAAGAAGAAGUGUUACUGCAACAACAACAACAAGUCAAAUCUUCAAGGGAGAACAAGGAAAAAGAAGAUGAUGUCAGGUCAACACCUACUUUUCAAACCAAUGAACAAUUUGAUGCCAUGAUCGUAGAAGGCCUUUCCUCUGAAUUUCAAAAGUAUAUGGAAGAACACCGACAAAUCAAAAGAUCCAUUGAAGAGAGAAAAAGAGAUCUCAUGUUAUACACAGAAGAACGUAUGCAGUACUUGGAUCAGAGGCAAUCUUAUUUUCAAAGACAAUUGAAGCUCUUAAAACAAUACUUUUGAUCAAGCAACUUUUUUAUUCCUCUACUCUAGAAUAAGUUAUGGUGAUAGAGCUUGCUCAUAAUAGUAAUAAUAACAACAAUAAUAAUAAUAAAAUUGUGGUGAUUACACUGAUGGGG